UUUUACUGAAAAAGUGUUUUCCGAACCGUCUUUGCUUUUUUUCUUUUUAAAUGCAGAGAAAUUUAAAACUCGCCAUAAGUAUCGAUUGUACCUGAACGUAUAACAAAUUAUACUUAAUCGUUAUAUUUUUUUUUUUAAUUGUAAUUACAAAAUAUUCUACGAAAAUGCUCGAUCUCGUCGUUGGCGAUUACGAUCAAGCGGAGUUCGAUCGAUCACCGAUAAAUUAUGUGGACUUGUCGUCUGCGUACCAUCUGACAAAUAUCAAUUACAGAAGACAGUUCGCACACAUCUACGCCUAUAGAUUGGUGGAAAUGAGAGAGAUCCUUGCCGAGAAAGUACAACAAAAAUGGGGUGAAAAGUCUGUUAUUUAUAAACUAUCGGAGUUGCAUGACAAAGUCAAUGAAGAAUGCAUAAUUAUAGGCACGUUAUUCAAACAUCAAGAAUUAAAACCUAGUAUCUUAAAAGAGAUAAGCGAAGAACACAAUCUGAUACCACAACCAGUGAGAACCCAUUUUGUUUCCGACAAAGACGAAGUGAUCAUCGAAGACGAACUGCAGAGAAUACCUUUGGCGCUUGAUAAAUUGCACGAUAACAUGUUGUCCGUAGACAAUAUUAUGACCGGUUGUAUUGUUGCGUUAAAAGGUAUGCCGCAGGAAGGAGGGAAAUUUUGUGUGCUCGAAUAUUGUUGGCCUACGCCUUCGAUCCCGGCUAAAAUAAACAACCAAACAUCUGGAGAUGAAAAAUUUUUGAUACUGAUUAGUGGUUUGGAAUUGGCCACAAGCGUAGACACGCACUUUCACGUACAAUUAUUCGUAGACUGGGUAACUGGUUUGUUGGGCGACAAAGGAACAAAUGAAAAAGCUUCCAAAGUUGUUCAAGUGUUAAUAGCCGGAAACAGUAUAAGGAGUACGCCGAUGAAAAAACCUAACUAUAGAGACAAAAUCGACGAUUUCCCCAAAGAUAUCCAAGCCAUCAAGCAACUGGACGAUAUACUGUUACAACUUGCCUCGUCCGUCGAUGUACAAAUCAUGCCCGGCGAGUUUGAUCCCAGCGACAGAACGUUACCACAACAGGCAUUCCACAAAUGUUUAUUCCCAAAAACUUCCGAGUAUUCGAGUCUUCAUCGAGUUACAAAUCCUAACAAGUUUGAAAUCGAAGGUAAUCUCAUCAUGGGCUCUUCCGGUCAGACCGUCCAAGACGUUCAAAGGUUUUCCAAUUUAGAAGACCCUCUAGACAUAAUGGGAAAAAUAUUAGAAUGGGGACAUCAAAUACCGUCUGCACCAGACACUCUUCCGUGUUAUCCGUUUGAAGGCCAAGACCCAUUUAUAAUAAAAGACAUGCCGAACGUGUUCUUUGUAUCAAAUCAACCUUCGUACCAAACGUCGCUCAAAGAAAACAGCAGUGGUACGACUACGAGGCUUAUCUGCGUACCUUCGUUUUCAACGACUCAAACGUGCGUGUUAUUAAACCUGACCACUUUGGAGUGUCAGCCAUUAUCGUUCAAAACAUUUGCACCAUAAUAUUAUAUCGAAAAAUAUGUGUACAUGUAUUAUAUUCUUUAAGUAGAAAUAAGAUUUACAAGUUUAAUGUAUUUAUAAUAGUAUUGAUCUGUCGCCACUGCUCGCAUUCAACACCGAUUGGAUCUCUUCGGCAGUGAAUAUGUUAAACUUCAACAAAGUAGCCAAUAACUGGUUACGCGAACAGCCGAUAAAUUUGUGACUCAAAAACAACGGGAAUCCUCUGUACUUGUCGCCCAUCGUGUACAAAGGCACUCUAACCGUACCGAGCACCUGUACAUUAAAUGUAAUUCAAUCAUCAUCGUGUAUUAUAAUCUGAAUAAAUAAACUUUAAUAAUAUUA